AUGGAAUCGGAAGCAUUGAGGAAAGAAGAGAAGAAUGAGGAUCCCCGGAGGGCUUUUUCUCCUGUCAAGGACGAAAAACCUUUGGAGACUGGAAAACGGGAAGAGAUCGAAUCUCUUUUGAAAUUGAUUAAAUUGACCGGCAGGAGUGCGGCAUUGCCACUGGUGAACUUCAUCAAACAACACUUGAGUGGCACCAGUCUGAUAUUCGUCGUCGGUGAAACGGGUUCUGGGAAAACAACCCUGUUGAGCGAGAUCACCAAGCAAGAUCUGAAAGUCGGAAGUGGGACAAGAUCAGGAACAAUUGGCCACCAGGUUGUUCCCGCUAUUGUCCAUGGCAAGCAAUACAUAUUCGUGGAUACCCCUGGUUAUGGAGCGGCCGACCUAGACGACAAGGUGGUAUAUGAUGACAUCAUGGGCUGUGUAUAUGCCCUUGGGCCUUGGGUCAAUACCGUGGGCGUGUUGUUUGUACACGACAUGUGCAAAAUCAGACUGACAGCAGGCGAAAUGAAGACAAUUCAGUGGCUUCAAUGCUUCUGCGGCCCACGAUUUUUCCACAACAUCACCAUCGUUCUGACUCAGUGGGACAGAAUUCACCAAGAUGAGCUGGAAGAAGCCUACCAAAUUGGAGAGGAAUUCAAGAGAGACGCAUUCCAUUCGAUCUUGCAUCCCUCCCAUGGCGUCAUUGGCGGACGGGUUUACAAUCAUGGCUUGAUAACCGGAUCUAGCUCUGCUGAUUUGAAAGCUCUCUCGCGGAAGAAAUUUCUGGAUGAUCGCAGAGUAAUGGCGGCCAAUUUUGUACGUGAUUAUUACGGUCAUGUCCAGAACGUUCCCAAGCUCCAAGUGAAGACCGAACUAGACUUGGGGUGGUCUUUGUACGAGAUCCAGGCUGCUAAAUGCCUAUUCACUCCAUCUCCAAGUUCAAUCACCGUUGUCGUGCUCCGCGAAAAAGCCAUGGUGUUGGAUGUUGACGCUGCCUUUGAUCGAAAGGAUGACAAAAAAGAAGACCUCAGCCCCUCAGAAGGUGACAGCGAGAGUCCUCCAAAUGUCUGGAAAUGGUGGGAGGUAGCAAAGGAAGCCGCCUGGCUUUUCUUCAGGUCCAAAGUCCACCUGCGACCGUUCGUCGAUCUGGCCUCUUAUACGGCGGAACAAUGGAGUAAGGUCAGCCAAUGGUGGUCUGGAGAGAGCCCGCCUCAAUGA